AUAAUAUAGGUUAAAGUGCGGUGCCCUCCCAAUUUACAAUUUAUUUUUUGUCCCAGAUAUAUAUCGUAUUUUGUAGCAGUGAGUACGUCUAGACACGUAUUUUUAUGAGAAAAUGUGGUCCAAAGUGAUACUUCUGUGUAUUAUUGGAUGUACUAGUUCGCUGACGACGUCUUUCGACCUAGGUGGAGUCAUGUCAGGCAACCGUAUGGCAGGAGUUCCCCUGGGCAGAUCGCUGGGAGCCGGAGAGCUGGACGUGGAAGGCGUCUGUACGAGACAAGGAAUCACUUGCCAGAACUGUGAUAGAAUUGUUACAUGCGUACCAUUGCCGAUUGGUUUCUUGAAGGUACCCCUUCAAGAGUGCGCGGAAGGCCAAACCUGUAACGCCCACGAAGGCAGGUGCUCGCAGACACCAGUACCUGAAUGUGAUAUCGUCACUCAGAAAUAUGAACAUACCUGUGAACAGGUGGGAAUAUUCCCCGAUGCAUACGACUGCCGUAAGUUCCACCUCUGCUCGCCUCCCGAAGGCUUCCCUGAUGGUAGACCUGCGGACCACAGAGUAGCGUUGUGUCCCAGACAUUAUGGAUAUAAUGCUCGUACUGCACAGUGUUCGGAGAAAUUAAGCAACGGACAGUGCACUCAAAGACCAGUGCCUGACUGCCCACAAGAAGGCUUCACAGACAUUCUACCAGCCAGUACAAACCAUUACUACGUGUGCUUACGAAAAGGUGACCACAUAUACCCUCAGAUCUUCAUUUGUCCUCACGGUUGGGAAUUUUGGGAUGGAUUCUGUCGCCCUGAACCAAAACCUACUGAAUCUGGACCAGUUAACGAAGUUGUUACUGAAGUAACUAGCACUACAGAAAACCAAGAAGAUAAAACAGAUAACUGUAAGGGAGAAAGAACUACGACUAAAAUUGAAAGUUUCUUUUCAACUGACAAACCUGUUACAAAUCCCACUGAUACGUUUUUGGCUGAUAAAUUCGAUCUGACCCACUACGAGUCGACAGAUGACGUUGCACCACCUGCUGAAUACUAUAGUUCAUUUGAACAUAAUGAUUUUUGGUAAAUGUAUUUAUUGUCUGCUUUAUAAACUUACACGAUUUGAAUUUUUUUUAUUGAGAUCUGGAACUGUGAUAUCAAAAUACAAUUCAGGAUUCCGAAUAACUUGUAACAUUCGUCAGAUCUGUGCGCACCCUAAAGAGCCAGCAAUGUCGGCUUGUUCGAAAAAAAAUGGAAAAA